UAGUUUCAUUUCAAUAAAUUGAUGAAGUGCUCUUAUUGGAAGCCUUAUGGCGCCUCUUAUUGCCUCCGCGCCGGUAUAUCAAACUAGAUUAAAGAAACUCUGGAAAACUAAACUAACUGGCCGUUUUGCAUUUUGUUUGUUGGUCUAACCAGAAUUCCUGGAAAACAUUUCAAAUCAAAUUUGUCACUAGCAGGGCGGAUCUAUUAUUUUCUCGAGGGCAAAGAGGAUGAUGGACUUCAAAUAGUUUUUUGUCGUUUUUAGAUCAACAGAUGGUUUUCCGAGCUAUUUCUCAAAUUUAGCGGAUCUAUGCGCCCAAAGUGCUUUAAAACUUGGUCAAACAAAAUGGGAUGCAAUAGCACCAAGAAGGGACCCCUAUACUUCGAGAGAGGGGGCUUCUCCAACCUCUGAUGAAGCCCUUCGUCGACAAAAGAUCGAAUGAAUUGAUAACAGUACUAGCUGAACUGGGUUUUUAAUCUUUGUUGCUGAAAGUUUUGGGUCAACAAUGUCCAAAAUAAAAACAAAGAAUUUUUUUGUAGACGAAAGAAAAAAUCUCUCUGAACGGAAAAAAGUUAGAACUAAAUGGCGACUGGAAGCUUUGGCGAGCAUUUACGCUCGAUUCGGGUCAUAAAAUCUAGGUGACCGUACGCGUUUUAAUGCUGGGUGAGGUGUGUCAAAAGCAAACAUCAGCUACCUGUAGUUUUACUUUGAGUUCAAUUGGUAUUUGUACUGUUAAUGACACAAGACGCCCCCAAAUUCAAACAUUGUGGCAGAAGAAAUUUGAUUUAUUGUUCAAAAUAGUCUGUCAAAGACAAGUAAAGCGCAUUUGUGCAAAGUUGCAUUCAAAAUGAAACUAGUGAAUUUAAUUUCGUUUCUAGUUGUAAGUUGCGUUGUGUCAACUUAUUGCAAACCGCAUGGGCAAACUAACAGUCAAAAUGGUCCGAAGAGUACUGCGUGCGGCUACGAUUCUUGUCCGGAUUUGAGCGAUGAUAUGAUCCAUGUUCAUCUAGUGCCACAUACGCAUGAUGACGUAGGCUGGCUGAAGAAUCCGGAGGAGUAUCAAUACGGUGCGAACGACGACAUCCAAAGAGCUGACGUGAACGUCAUCAUUGACUCAGUAGUCGAUGAACUGCUAAAAGACUCUUCCCGACGGUUCAUCUAUGUUGAGAUGUACUUCUUCUCAAAUUGGUUCGAAAAGCAAUCGGAAUCGAAAAAAGAUCAAGUCAAAAGUUUGGUUAAUAAUGGCCAGCUUGUGUUCAUAAAUGGAGGUUGGGUUAUGAACGACGAAGGAGCGGCACACUAUAAUGCUAUCGUGGACCAAAUGAGUAUAGGUUUGAGGUUUCUAAAUAGCACGUUCGGAGCCUGCGGAAAUCCCAAAGUUGCAUGGCACAUUGAUCCGUUUGGACAUUCGAAGGAACAAGCGAAUUUGUUCGCAAUGAUGGGCUUUGAUUCGUUCUUUUUUGGGCGAUUGGAUUAUGACGAUAAAAAUAACAGACUUCAAAACAAGAGAAUGGAAGAAGUUUGGCAUGCUGGCAACUCGGAUUUAUUUUUUGGAGCUCUCUACAAUGGAUACAAUCCGCCAGGUGGGUUUUGCUUUGAUGCCGUUGAUUGCGGAGAUGAGCCGAUUGUGGACGAUCCGAAUCUGUUCAGCUACAACGUUGAACAAAGGGUGAAUGAGUUCAUUAAUGCCGUGAACGACCAAGCCCAACACUACAGAACGAACCAUGUGAUCAUGACUAUGGGAAGCGAUUUUCAAUAUAUGGUUGCCUCCAAGUGGUAUGAUAACUUAGAUCUUUUGAUCAAAUAUACAAAGGCAAGGCAGGCUAACGGAUCCAAUAUAAACUUAUUGUACUCGACACCUUUGUGUUAUACUUACGCGCUAAACAAGGCAAACGUGAACUGGACGACAAAAAGUGACGAUUUUUUUCCGUAUGCUUCGGAUCCGCAUUCUUACUGGACCGGUUAUUUCACUAGUCGACCAGCACAAAAAGGUGUGGUUAGGAGAACGAACAACCUUCUGCAAAUUGCAAGACAACUGGCAGCUGUGAAUAGAUGGAACUCCUCGGAGGCUCUUGUGGGUCUUGAGGGAGCAAUUGGAGUUAAUCAGCAUCACGACGCAGUUACUGGCACUGAAAAACAAGCUGUGCAGGAUUUCUACAUGCAGUUCAUGGAUAAACACAUAGUGAAGACCAAGGAUUUAAUUAAAGACAUCUACGGCAUUGACAACAUGGACUUCUGUCCUUACAGGAAUAUAAGCGUAUGUCCGACCACCGAAAGCUCGAAGCCUUUCCGCGUUGUAGUCUACAACCCGCUCACUAGACCAGUUAAGUAUUAUGUUCGGAUGCCGGUGCCAAACACGGAUUACCUGAUAACGGACUCAAGCGGUCAGACCAUUACAGGUGAUGUAAUGCCAGCGCCAAAGACCGAGUCACUCGACCGACUGCGCAAGUCACAUGAUUCGAACUCGCAAUAUGAGUUGACCUUUGAAGCAGAAGUGAAUGGUUUGUCAACUUCUUUUUUCACCGUUGAAGAUUCCGACUCUCUUAGACCCAAACGAGUCUCGGCUAAAUUAGCGGAAUCAAGAAAAACUGUUGGCUCACAUCACGUGAUCGAAAACGAACUCUUUGACGCAAAGUUAAACCAUAGAAAGCUACAACUGAGCUUUAAAAACGGAAAAACUGGUGAAUUUGAUCUGCCAUCUUUUGCAUGGUACAAUGCGAGUUCUGGAAAAGGCCAGGAACCAGCAAGUGGUGCUUACUGUUUCAGACCAGAUAUUCAAACCCCUUUUGUAUACGACUUUGACCCGGAUUCAAGCGAAGUGGUGCAGGGUAAGUAUAUCACAGAGAUAAGGCUCAAUUUCACACUUUCUUGGCUUUCUGGAGUAGCACGGAUCUACAACGAUAAACCUUACGUCGAAUUCGAGUGGCUAGUUGGACCGAUACCUGUAAAUGACGGAAUUGCGAAAGAGAUCGUGAUAUUGUAUAAUACAUCGGUGAAUAAUAACAAGACCUUCUACACGGACUCAAAUGGUAGACAAAUGUUAGAGCGAAUCCUGAACUACAGGCCAACCUGGGACUUCCAAAGCUCGGAACCGACUAGUCAGAAUUAUUACCCCGUGAACAGCAGAAUCUUCAUCAAGGAUGCAGUUGACCAAGUCACAGUUUUGACUGACAGAUCGGAAGGUGGGACCAGUAUGAACCAAGGUCAAAUUGAGGUCAUGGUUCACAGACGAGAUCUAGCAGAUGACGGCUUCGGAGUUGGAGAGGCUCUUAACGAAACAGGGCAAUUCGGCGAUGGAUUGAUUGUGCGUGGAAUUCAAAGAAUGAUAUAUUCUGAGUUGGAACCAGCUGCAAUGCACUAUCGGUUCGAAGGAGAAGAAAUGUUCAUGCCUCCUUUGGUAGCUUUUUACCAACAGUCCGACUCUUCUUAUGGAUACUCGGAAAAACAAAUGGAGUCAGCUAAUAUCACUCUUCCCCAAAACGUGCAUUUAUUGACACUAAUGCAACUUGACCUCAACCCUAAGCGUCUCCUGAUGCGAUUAGAAAACCAGUUUGCCUCUGGCGAAGACUCAAUGAUGUCGAAAAAUGUGACUGUUGAUAUUAAGUCGGCCUUUUCAAGUUUAUUCAAUGUUACAAGCGCUAAGGCAAUGGUACUCUCGGCUGAUCGUUACGCUGAUGAUGCUGUGAGGUUGCAAUGGGAAAGCGUUGAUGGUCCAAGUGCAAACCCAGAUUGGACUGUUGAUGGAUUUAGUGUGACUCUAGAACCAAUGGAAAUAAAAACUAUCGAACUGGAAAUUGAUUAAGUGAACUAACAAAUUGCUGAAAACAAAUUAUUACAACUGCUUCUCAAAAACUUGAAUUCAUACUUUAUUUUACACUAUAUAUAAUUCAUACUUUAUUAUUUUACAA